CCAUCUUCCCUUUCCAAUAUUACACAGCUGCAAGUGUUGGAUAUAUCCAAAAAAUUUCUUGAAGGAGAGAUCCCUCAAGAACUCGGUGAUCUUCAUCACAUGACUUUGUUCAAUCUGGAAAAUAACCAGCUUACUGGCUCUAUACCACCAUCAAUCUUUAACAUUACAACAAUGAAAAAGAUUGGUCUCACCUACAAUAAUCUUACGGGUAAGCUUCCGGCAACUAUAUGUGACCAUCUUCCAAACUUAGAAGAGCUUCACCUCUCAGCCAAUCACAUACAUGGCGUUAUUCCACCAAACAUAGGAAAAUGCAGAAAGCUCCAAAUCUUGUCAUUAUCUAGAAAUGAGCUCACUGGAACUGUACCAAGAGAGAUAGGCAAUUUAACGGCACUUACAAGCUUAUACCUUGGAACUCUGCAUCUGGAAGGAGAGAUUCCAGCAAGCAUUUCUAAUAUGUCAGAACUGCAGAACCUAGGAUUUACAAGAAACAGGCUUUCAGGAGAGAUACCAAUGGAACUAGGCUAUCUUCAGAAACUACUGUUUUUGUCAUUAGACACAAAUGAGUUGACUGGUUCUAUCCCUGCAAGCAUUUUCAACAUGUCAGCACUGCAGAUCUUAGGAAUUGCAGAAAACAGGCUUUCAGGUACUCUACCUUCAGAUUUAGGUCAUGGAAUUCCCAACCUAGACGGAUUCUAUUGUUAUCAGAAUAGUUUGAGUGGUUUUCUCCCUCCUUCUAUCUCAAAUUCUUCAAGACUCAGAGUACUUGAACUCUCAUAUAACAGUUUCACAGGCCCAAUUCCUGAAUCAAUUAGUGACUUAGAAUACAUUGAGGUUUUGAACUUAGGGGCAAAUAAUUUUGUCAGCAAUUCAGCAUUGAGCUUCUUGACAUCUUUGUCAAACUGUAGGAAACUGAAAGAAAUCACUUUUUCCAAGAAUCCCUUGGACGGUUUUUUGCCUGCCUCCAUUGGAAAUUUCUCUGAUUCUCUGCAAAUUUUCCAAGGAUGGUAUUGUAAACUGAAAGGCUUCAUUCCCGGAGAAAUUGGCAAUCUUACCGGUUUGACAAAGAUGGAUUUGUCACAAAAUGAGUUGACUGGAUAUAUUCCAAAAACCAUCCAAGGCUUGUCAAACCUUCAAGAACUUUACUUAGGUGGCAACAUGAUAAAAGGAACCAUACCAGAUGUUAUGUGCAAUUUAAAUAAACUUGGAGCAUUAGAUUUGUCAAAAAAUCAAGCUUCUGGUUCCAUACCACCAUGCUUAGGGAACGUUACCAGUUUGAGGUAUCUUUAUCUAGCUAACAACAGGCUGAACUGGAGCUUACCUUCAAGCUUGUGGACUCUUCAAGAUCUCAUAAAAUUCAAUGUUUCAUCCAAUUUAUUAAGUGGGAAAGUUCCUAUAGAGAUUGGAAAUUUAAAGGUUGCAACACUAGUUGAUCUGUCAAAAAAUGAUUUUAGUGGUAAGAUCCCUAGCACGCUAGGGGGUCUGGAUAGAUUGAUGAAACUUUCUCUAGCACAUAAUAAAUUAGAUGGGCCUAUUCCAGAUUCAUUUGGCAAAAUGUUGGCCUUAGAAUUCUUGGAUUUGAGCAAUAACAAUCUAACCGGUGAAAUUCCAAAGUCAUUAGAAGCUCUCGUGUAUCUCAAAUACUUGAACUUCUCAUUUAAUGAACUCAGUGGAGAGGUUCCCAUGGGUGGUCCUUUUGCAAAUGCCACAAGUCAAUCUUUCUUGCAAAAUUAUGCCCUUUGUGGUGACUCUAAGUUUCAUGUUUCACCAUGCGUCAUCAAAUCUCCGAAGAAGUCAAAGAGAAAAAAGAUAAUCUUGGUUUUGUACAUCCUUUUGGGAGUGGGUAUGCUAUUUCUUGCAUUAGCCCUCGCAUAUGUAUUUUUAAGAUGGAGAAAGAUAAAGAAGAAUGCAGAUCAAGCAGAUGUCUUUCCGGUAAAAGGGAAACAUGAAAGAAUUUCUUACUAUGAACUUGAACAAGCAACAGAAGGAUUCGACGAAAGCAACUUGCUUGGUAGUGGGAGUUUCAGCAAGGUUUUCAAAGGGAUACUUAAGGAUGGUACUCUUUUGGCAGCAAAGGUAUUCAAUGUGCAAUUGGAGGGUGCAUUCAAAAGUUUUGAUACAGAAUGUGAGAUGCUGCGCAACCUCCGCCAUCGAAAUCUUACAAAAGUCAUCACCAGCUGCUCCAACCUUCACUUCAAAGCCUUGGUAUUAGAAUAUAUGCCGAAUGGGACACUUGAAAAAUGGCUAUACAAUCACAACUUUUUCUUAGACAUGUUGCAGAGAUUAAGUAUAAUGAUAGAUGUUGCAUCUGCAAUAGACUAUCUCCACAAUGGCUAUUCAACACAUGUGGUGCAUUGUGACUUGAAGCCAAGCAACGUCUUACUAGAUCAAGAAAUGGUUGGCCAUGUCAGCGAUUUUGGCAUUGCAAAAUUGUUAGGUGCAGGGGAAGAUUUUGUUCAAACAAGGACAAUAGCAACCAUUGGAUAUAUUGCUCCAGAAUUUGGACAAGAUGGAAUAGUCUCCACAAGCUGCGAUGUUUAUAGUUUUGGCAUCGUGAUGAUGGAGACGUUCACAAGAAGGAGACCAAGUGAUGAAAUAUUUACCGGAGAAAUGAAUAUACGAUGUUGGAUUAAUGAUUCUUUUUCGAGUGGUAUUCAUAAGGUGGUGGAUUCUAAUUUGAUACAGCCAGGGGAUGAACAAAUCGAUGCAAAGAUGCAUUGUUUGUCAUCUAUCAUGAAAUUAGCUUUGAGUUGCACUGUAGUGACACCUGAUGCAAGAAUUAACAUGACAUAUGCUCUUUCAACACUCAAAAAGAUCAGACUCCAGUUUGUCAAUAGUCUCCGCUACGUAGAAUUAGACUGUUGUGUUUUACUGAGUGUGAAAAAUUAA